AUAAAAAAUUCGAAAAUAAACCAUUACUAUUAGGUAACAAAUACACAUAAGACAAGCUUUGAAAUAAUUUUGAACUUGCAGUUUGUUUGUUCAAUCAGUGUUUUAAUUUAGUACAUGUACUAGUUAUUUCCAAAAUAUGUAUUUACUAGUUUUUAUUGCUUUAAUUUUGAGUUUUGUAACAAAACUCACAAAUUGUAAUGAAAGGCCAGUGAUUGGAAUUUUAACACAAGAAGUUUAUUGGUCGAGUUUUAAAAAUUUAGUACCACUUAAUAACUCAUAUAUAGCUGCAUCUUAUGUUAAAUCAAUUGAAGCUUCUGGAGGACAAGUCGUACCAGUUUUCACCAACAGGACUACUGAAUAUUAUAUGGAUGCAGUAAAAAAAGUGAAUGGCAUUCUGGUCCCUGGAGGAGGAUGUGCGUUUAAUAUUAGUUUUGGAAUAUGUCAAUCGACAAAUGAGAUUUUUCACAUUGUGAAACAUAUAAAUGAUGAAGGAGAUCGAUUUCCAAUACUUGGAAUUUGUUUAGGAUUUGAACUUCUUUUAAUCACAUCUAUUGAUGGAAAAAAUCCUCUAACAGCCUGUGAUUCUAUAGGCAUGAAUUUACCUCUAAAUCUUAUACCAACAAUGGAAGAAAAAAGUGUGUUAUUCAAAACAAUGCCAAAGGAUGUUCGAAACAUUCUACUUACAGAACCUGUCACAGCAAACCAUCAUAUUCAUUGUGUAACACAAAAGAACUUUACGUCAAUGAAGUUAGAUCACUUUUGGAAUCCUAUAACAAUAAAUGAAGAUGAAAAUAAUUUGACAUACAUAUCCACAGUAGAAGCUAAAAAUUAUCCAUUUGUGGGAUUACAAUUCCAUCCAGAAAAAAAUGCUUAUGAAUGGGAAAGAAAUGACCCUCAUAGUUGGUCAGCAAUAUAUUCAGCACGCUAUUUUUAUGAUUGGUUU